CUGAUCCUUUCACUUCAGUAUGAGAAAAGCAAACACUGUCCAUGGCUUCUCUCUGCAACUGUUCACUCUCUUGUCCUCCUUAUCCAAGAACGCAAUGGAACCCAUCAAGAACUCGCCCUUUCCUCUCAAUCGGGUUGAGCCCGACAUUUCCGGGCCACUGCAUCUCCUCAGUCGGGAGCGCCGGAUGUCGAGCUGCCGCGCCUGACAAGGCCCGACGGAGCUCAUUCGCGAACGAGGCUUCCAUGAGCAUAGACAACCUCCACCGCUUCAUUAACCUCAACGUCGGCAAGUGGAACGGUGCUUUUCACCAAUUUGAUACCAACGGAAAUCUGCUGCAUAAAGUGGAUACGAAGCUUUCGGCGAGCUCAUAUGGAGAAGACCAGCUCAUCAGUCUCAUUCAAACUCUCUACAUAAAGCAACCUCCAUCCAGCACUUCAGUUUUGGGAGAGGACAAAGAGCCUGACUGGGCAGAAUACAAGAUUAAAGAAACCAAUAUGUUCACAGUUGACAAAUAUCAACAGAUGGGUUUUUUCCCCCAGGAAAAAGCAUUUGCUCUUCGGUACCAGACUGCAGGCAUGCUUGAAACUGUUUUAAGGCAAGGGGUUCUUGGGGAAGAUGAUACGGGCGAAGAAUCUCCAAGAAACCUCAAGCUUCCCUCUUACCGACCUUCUAUUGUGUGCGAGAGCUGCCUAUAUUCUCAGGAGAGAGAUAUGCGGGCAAGAGCUUUUCAUAUAAUGGACCCAAAGGGUGUCAUAGAAAUGCUUCUCAUCUUUCUUGAGAAAAGAGAUGAUGGGGUGCCCUUUUCUCCUACUCUCGACAAUUCUAAAUUGCAGGAAUAUGAUAGUAGGAUCAUCCCAUUUCUUGGAAAGUGGAAGGGCCGUUCCAUAACAAAGCGCAGUGGUGUAUAUGGGGCAACAAUUGCUGAAGCUGAUUCAGUGGCGUCACUAGAAAUGGACGAGAAAGGACAUCUAAUUCAGGACAUUGCUUCCACAUCGAAUAACGGGGAAGUCACAACUAAUGUGCACUGGACCGGUACAAUGUCGGACAACUUGAUCACAUUUGAUGGAGGUUAUCAGAUGACGCUGCUACCAGGUGGCAUGUACAUGGGAUGCCCAUCGGACGUGGCGAAGAGUGUGGCAGAGUCGAAGUCAUUCCAUUUGGAGUUCUGCUGGCUCGAGGCUCCAGGAAAGAGGCAGAGACUCAUCCGCACUUACGACAUCGAGGGCUUGGCGGUCUCUUCCACUUAUUUAUCCGAAACCCAAGUCACAAGAUAGGGAGAAUGAAGGGUCCAUCUCCUCUUCUUCUGAACUGCAGAGCAGGGGGAGACAGCUCAGUUAGGAUUUUCUUAUGCUCAUGCGAAUUGAGGAAGCAAAGCGAAGAUUUUGCUGCGGCAAAAGCUGAUAAAUCAAGGAGAAAAUUUCUGCUUUAGGCAUUGACAAAUCGAAAUUGUUGCUGCUACUGCUGCGUUAUUGAGGGAAUUGUAUAGAUCCACGUAUGUUCAUCGCAGGUUUUGAUCCGGCUCGAUCUAUCCUUUGUUCUCUUCCAGUGCCCUCUGUCUCUUCACAGCUGUACUGGGACGAGGAUAUAUUGAUAUUACUAUCAACGUGUUACAUGUCCAGUUCUCCGUGAAA